AUGGGUCUACUGAAAACACUUAAAAACAAGGUGACUUCCAUAUCUGAGAUUGCCCCAAGUGCACCAGCAGCCCCAAUAGGUAGGGAACCUACCGAUAGAUCCAUUUAUCAAUCAAGACAAAAUUUUGGUGUUAACUUUGGUUCUUUGUUUCUACUUGAAAAGUAUAUUUUUGACGAAAUGUUUGUUGAUGAUGCUGGUGUUGAAUUGGAUGCAAUUAAAAAUUGCUUCAAAAAAGAUGGUGUUGAUAAAACAAGGGAAAGGUUGGAACACCAUUGGAAAAAUUACUGUUCCGACAGUGAUUGGGAAUGGUUAAAAGAGAAAGGGAUACAAUCAAUUCGUAUACCUUUUGGCUAUUGGCUUGUAGAUGGUGGCUCCUUCACUAAGGGUACUUCAUUUGAAAGCCUAGCUGGGGCUUAUGCUAAGGGUUGGAGCAUACUGAAGAAGUUUUACAUUGAGAAGGCCAAACAAUACCAGAUCUCAAUUCUAGUAGAUUUGCAUGCUCUUCCCAAAGGUGCUAAUACGGGUGACCAUAGUGGUGAAUGGUUUAAAGACCCUGACUUUUGGAAUGAUUCCAAUGCUAUUAACUUAGCUGUAGAAAUUUGUGCAUUUAUAGCUAAGGAUUUAGCGGAUUACGACAACAUAUGUGGUAUUCAGAUUGUCAACGAGUCUGUUUUCAGCAACAACCCAAGUGGACAAGAAAAAUACUAUAGAAAGGCUGCUAAUGCCAUCAGAAAAGUGAAUAGUGACGUUCCAAUAAUCAUAAGUGAUGGCUGGUGGCCUGACCAAUGGGUCAACUUUCUUGAUAGAUUUUCAAACGGUGAUGUUGGAAGUCUAGGUAUCGUCAUAGAUGACCACAUAUACAGAUGUUUCAGCGACGACGAUAAAAACAAAAAAAUAGAAGAGAUUAUAGAGGAUCUGGAUAGCUCAGUGUUAACCGGUUUAUCGAAACCAGCAGAUUUUAUCAUUGGAGAAUAUUCAUGUGUGCUCGAUUCACGGUCAUGGGAUAGAUCACAAGGCUGUAAUAGAGAUGACAUGGUUAGGGCCUACGGCAACAAACAAUGUAAACUUUUCAAAGAGAGAGCAAACACGGGUCACUACUUUUGGACCUUCAAAUUUCAACAUGGAGAUGGUGGGGAGUGGGGCUUGGUUCCCAUGAUAAGUCGAGGCUGUAUUCCAAGUAGGAACAGCUCUGUUAACCUUCCAUCUAAAGAAGAUUUUGACAGAAAUCUGAAGGAAAUGUUACAAGGGCAUGAGAAUUAUUGGAAAGCACAAAAUCCAAAUGAAAACUAUGAAUUCUGGAGAUAUAAAGAAGGCUUUACAACGGGAUGGCAUGAUGCUUUAAGCUUUGCAAGAUUUAACAAUUCCAGGAUCGGAAGAAUGGUAGCAUGGACCUCAAGCAGGAGAAAGGAACAUGUUAAUGCAAGGAAAAGUAGCCCAUUUUUAUGGCAAUGGGAAGCUGGGUUCCAAGAGGCUAUACGCAAGUUUGAGGAAGUAUCUAAUAAAGCGUUUAUAUAG